UCCCCAUAAAUCCCCAGCCUGCUGUCCUCCGGCUUCAGAGAGAUAGCGAGGUCAAACCCCUCACAUAACUAAAAACACUUUAUAACCAUAUCUUGCUUUUGCAUCCACCUUUGGGUGCAACUGCUGCAUGAUUAAGAACAUGUCACCACCUGAGAAUGAGUUUGACAUACCGGCCAAGAAUUGCCACAGGAUGGUGAUUCUGGGUUCCACUAAAGUUGGGAAGACAGCCAUCAUCUCUAGGUUUCUGAACGAGAGAGUUGAAGAUCAGUACACACCCACUAUUGAGGACUUUCAUAGGAAAUUCUACAGCAUCAGGGGAAACAUUUACCAGCUGGACAUUUUAGACACAUCUGGAAAUCAUCCCUUCCCUGCAAUGAGGAGGCUUUCCAUUCUUACCGGUGAUGUGUUCAUCUUGGUAUUCAGCCUGGACAACAGAGACUCCUUCCAGGAGGUGCAGCGCCUAAAACGUCAGAUUUAUGAGACCAAGUCCUGCCUGCGAAACAAAACCAAGGAGAACGUGGAGGUCCCGCUGGUCAUCUGCGGCAACAAAUGUGACAGAGUCUUUUACCGUGAGGUGCAGGAGGAUGAGAUCGAGCAGUUGGUUGGUGAAGACGAGCACUGCGCUUACUUUGAAAUCUCAGCAAAGAAGAACACUAACGUGGACCAAAUGUUUCAGACCCUCUUUACCAUGGCCAAGCUGCCAAACGAAAUGAGCCCCGAUCUGCACUGCAAAGUUUCCGUGCAGUACUGCGAGGUUCUUCACAGAAAGUCCUUCAGAAACAAGAAGUGCAAAGAUGGAAAUGCAUACGGGAGUGUGGCGCCGUUUGCACGGAGACCAAGCGUGCACAGUGAUUUGAUGUACAUUAAGGAGAAAGCCAUAGGAGGCAGCCAGACCAAAGAAAAAGGCUGCAUCAUAUGUUGACAUUUUCUUUGUCUUUGUUAAAGAGACUUUUUGUAAGACUUUCCUGAGCUGAAGCUGAGCCGUUCUGCAGGGCAACAUAUGCCCAAAUACUCUAGACUUCAGCGCCAGAGACACAAUGAUUUAAACUGUGAUGAGACACAUGGGGAAAGCGGCUCAGCUCGUAGGCCCAUCACCAGUCUAGUGAAUGAUGCCGUAGAUGCUCGGAAAAUGCUGUAAUAUCUGCCUCUACAUUAGCUUUGUCGAGAAAAGCGAUGUUUACAUUUAUCUUGUUUUUCAAACUUGGUGGAACUUGAAUGUGUGUUGCAUUAUGAACAAAUCUGAAUGUGUAUUUAUUAUGUCUACGUCAACUUUUGGAUGAGAGGGUUAAAUUAAAAACAACUUCUUACUUU